GCGCAAAAUCGCUCGCGCUCACUAGUAUAGCGGCUGGCGGCUAGCUAGCAGCAUCGUUUGAACUACUGCUCCCGUGGAACCGGAAACAUGGAGUCCACGACGUUAACGUUGCUGCUCGGCGCGUUGGUGCUUCUGGUGCUUUAUAUGCUGAAGAAAUACACUUAUUGGCAGAGGCGCGGGAUUACAGUUGCCAGUGGGUUCAUACCGUUUUUGGGUCACACGUGGCCGAUAUACUGCUUGAGGAUGAGCCUGCAGGAACUGUUCGAGAGGAUAUGCACGGAACAAAAGAAUCGCAGUAUGUUCGGGAUAUACGACAUGUUCACGCCGGCGUUGGUGUUACGCGAAGCGGCUUUAGUAAAGACCGUGUUGCAAGGCAGCUUCACGAGUUUCCAUCGGAACGGAUUCCAGAUAUCGAAAGAUCAGGAUCCUCUAUUGUAUUAUAGUCCGUUCUUCAACGAAGGCCAGGAAUGGAUGACCGGAAGGAAGCGGCUAACAUACGCGUUCUCCGGCUUGAGGCUAAAGGUGAUGUUCUCCGCCGUGAGCGGCGUGUCCAGGAAGAUGCAGGACUACCUGGAGAGACGGAUGAAAACGACCAACAAAUACGAGACUGAAAUGAAGAGUUUCUUCGGACGGUUCACAGCCGAGACCGUGGCGAACGCGGGCAUGGGCGUGGAAGGAUACAGCUUCGAUGAAAACCCGCCGCCGGACUCUUUCCACGACAUUGGCACGCAGAUCUUCAACCCGAUGUUCCUUCUAGCGAUUCUGAACAACCUGGUACUUCUCAAACCCGGCAUAGCUAAAGUGCUAAAGCUCUCGUUCCUGCCGAGGAACGUGGACAGAUUCUUCAGGAACUUCGUCGACGAGAACCUAGAAUUGAGGGUGAAGAACACGGUACCGAGGAACGAUUUCUUCCAAGUGAUGGUCGAUUUCGAGAAGGAACAGAGCGAGAAGUUAAACAAGGAGGUAAUCACGUCACACGCGCUUACAUUCUUCUUCGACGGUUUCGAGACCAGCCGGUUGACCCUCAGCUUCAUCACGUAUCAACUGGCGAUCCAUCAGGAUGUUCAACAGAAAGUGAGGGACGAGAUCAAGAGCGUCAUAGCUAAAUACGACGGGGUGCUAACCUACGAUGCUUUGAAGGAUCUCAAGUAUAUGGAGCAAGUGAUGAACGAGGCGCAACGAUGCCAUUCGGCUUUGGUUUUCCUGAGGAAGGAGUGCACCGAGGAAUUUGUGCUCGAGGGCUCGGAUGGACUGCGGUUUCGCGUGGAACCCGGUACGCAAGUGCUCAUACCUGUCGAGGCGAUUCACCACGACCCCACUUACUGGAAGGACCCGAUGGUGUUCGAUCCCGAACGUUUUAGCGAAGAGAAUAAGCCAAAUAUAGAAAAAAUGUCUUUCAUCCCGUUCGGGGAGGGUCCACGCAUGUGUGUCGGCAUGCGAAUGGCGAUACUGGUGAUGAAAUCGUGCUUGGCUACCUUGCUAAAUGACUAUAAGAUCGAACUCUCACCGAAAACCAAAGUUCCUUUGAGGUGGUCACCUUGUCAUUUCCUGUGUGAACCCCGUGACGGUAUUUGGAUGAAUAUUACGAAACUAUAAAGUGUUUUGUUACUUUGUUGCUCGUAUUUAAUACUCUUUGUUUCUCGCGUAUGAUGUAAUAUUAAGUUUCGUAAUGUUUCUCUAUACGAUAAUUACUGUCUUGUGACAUUCGAAUAUUACUACUCGAAGAGAUAAGUGUCGGCACGAUAACGUAUCGAAACAAAUGUCUAUUUGCGAUGUUGACAUCAUUCGUAGAAGUGGUUUGUAAACAUAUUUUUUUACUUUAUAUUAGUCUUGUUUAUUUCAUUCUAAGAAAAGACGAAUGUUUCGCAUAGUUUUCAAUUUGAACUACUAUGUCGUUAUUUGUUGCAUGAAACGAUUUGGUUUUCGUGACAUGCAACCUCGGUGUAAUAGUUUUCGAACUAAACGCGCCGGAUGUUGGAGGCUACCGUGUCCGUCAAUUUGUUAACCUACUAGCUACAGUCUCUCUGUGCAACGUAACGACGUAUGAAACCCAUUUGUAAUCGUAAGGUCAAUAUAGACUACUUUAGUAA